CACACACGUUACAACAGGUCUGAAAGUAAAGACAACACUUCUUGCCAAACAUCUUUAUUCUUGUUAACCUGGGUGCAACAAGAAAGGAGGGAUGAAGCUACAACUUUUGAUCGUUUGUGUUUUUAAGUAUUUGGUUCAAACCAAUCAACAAGAUGGGGAAAAACAGCUGACAACAGAGGGAGUUACCCUUGAUGUAAGUUACUGGAAUUCCAUUUACAAUUCUUCUUAUUAUGAAGAUGAACCAUCUGCUCCUUGCAGUGUAACUCCGCCUGGAUUUAAUAGCUUGGGCCUGAUGAUCACCUUCAUGGUCGUGUUUGUCCUCAGCCUGUUGGGCAACAGUGUAGUUGUCUAUGUGGUGUGUUCUAUGAAGAAAGGUAGAGCCAGCACAGAUAUCUACUUGAUGCACCUGGCGAUGGCAGACCUUCUCUUCUGUCUUACCCUCCCGUUCUGGGCCGUCAAUGCUCACUUUGGUUGGAUCUUUGGCAACUUCCUGUGCAAACUCCUGUCGGGCUUCCAGGAGGCAUCGGUAUACAGUGGUGUCUUCUUGCUGGUGUGCAUCAGUGUUGACCGCCACUUUGCCAUUGUGAGAGCUACACGUGUCCUGACCUCCCAUCACCUGUUGGUGAAAGUGGUGUGCGGUAUGGUGUGGCUGGUGGCCGGAGUGCUGUGCUUACCCGUGGCGAUUCAAAGGGAGAGCCUGCAUGCUGAAGACCUGGGCCAAACCAUUUGCUAUGAAAACCUAACCGGUGAAAGCAGUGACCACUGGCGUGUUGGCCUGCGUGUCAUGCGCCACAUUUUGGGCUUUUUCCUGCCACUGGUGGUGAUGGCUGUCUGCUACGGCUGGAUCUUGGUGACGCUGUUCAACGCACGCAAUCGACAAAAGCAAAAGGUCAUACGCGUCAUCAUGGCAGUGGUGUCAGCAUUCGUUCUUUGCUGGCUGCCUUAUAACAUCACUGUCCUGAUUGACACACUCAUACGAGGCGGAACACUUCCAAUGGAGACAUGUGAAACUCGCUAUACAGUGGAAAUGGUGCUAAAUGUGACCCAAGUGUUGGCCUUCAUGCACUGUGCAGUGAAUCCAGUGCUGUACGCCUUCAUUGGGGAGAAGUUCCGUAACCAGCUGCUCUUAGCUCUGUACAAACACGGGAUCAUCAGCAAGAAGCUCCUGGUGGCUCACAGGAAGGGAUCAGUCAACAGUGCAGGGAGCAUUAAAUCUAGAAUCACCUCUGCUAGCAUGUAAAAAACCCCCAAAAAACAGGGGUUAACAGCUAACCUUGCUCUGUAUUUUUUGGAACCAGGCUAGCUGUUUCCCCCUGUUUUCAGUCUUUAGCUAUGCUACUGGCAGCUGGCUGUAGCCUUAUGUUGAAUAGACAGGCAUUCACGAAUAACUCUCUGCAAAGAAAGUGAACAAGCUUAUUUCCCAAAAAUGUCGAAAUAUUUCUUUAAAUCAUGUCAUCCCCAAAUUCUGAACAAAUAUUACUAAGGACGUGCAUGGUUCACAUGUAUGGUACUAAAGUUAAAAUGGUAUAGUCAAAACUUCAGCAGGAUGUCUGCUUUAGGAUCCUGUCACGACCCAGAUGUGUCCCCUAUAGCCUCAGAGAGCAUUUGCAACAACAACAAAAAAUCUUGCCUUAAUGUCUUUUGAUGCUAAGUGAUUUCACCUCGUUUGAAGGGUAAUUAUUGAGCAUAACAAUUUUGGACUCAAGAUCCUCAAAACAACCUCAAAAAUAUAAAUCAGAUGUGAAGCUAUCAAAAUAGUGAAUGAGAAAGACGUGCAGCUAUUGAUACUUUGAUCAUGUGCCAUCCUUUGUAACUUUGAGAACUGGUGCAAUUAUUGAAAUUGUUUGUGUAUGUUGUACAAAGCUUGUGUGUUUUUUCUUGGUAAGACAGUCCUUUAUGUCUUUUAAUAAUGUCAUUUUUCUUGUGUUUUUGAUUGUGAGACACGGAUGUGACUGGAGAGCCAUCUUCUUAUUUUGCAGUCUUUUCAUAGAAACACUGUGAACCUGUUUUUUUUUUUUUUGUCCCUACUCCAGACAUUAGUAGAAACAUUUUUUUAUCGUAAUCAGAGAUAUCAAACUUUCAAACAGGAAGAUGUGAUGAAAUCAGCUUUCUGUUUUCAAAAACAAGUGCUGUCUGUCUCUUUGAUGAAUGCUUUUCAUUUGGCCACAUCUCUAGGGUCUGUACAAACUGCAUGUGCAGGAAACAUACUGUAUAACAUUGUUCUUUGUAAUCAAUGCUAUCAUCUUAAAAUGCUCAAGGUCUAGCAACUGUUUUCUAGAUAUGCUUUAUCUGUUUAUCGGAAUCAGCACCUUGUAUGUGCAGGUAGUACGUGUGGAUAUGGUGUGUGUGUGUGUGUGUGUGUGUGUGUGUGUGCGCGCGCGCGUGUGUGCAAACGCAUUUGCAUACCUGUGUGGGGAGCUCUGUGGCUGAUAUAAAGAAACAAAAGGGAGAAAGUGUCUUCAUGAGAACUUGUGCAGCUGCCAUACAUGGAAAACAAAUUACAUGUAGGGGUUAGAAUGAUCAUUGUCUAAUCAUAUGAAUUAUUAUGGUAUUAUCCUAUUAUUCUCUGUUGUUUCUGCAAAACUCAUUACACUCUUCUGAACGAUUUCUAAUAGUUCUGUUUGGUUUUUUUAAAGUUUUUUUUAAAAUGCAUUUUCUAACAUAUAUAACCCAACAUGUAUGUGUAGUGUAAUUACAAAUUCCCAUUUAGCUAAUAUACAGUAUUGAGCUUUUAUGAGAAAAUGGCUUAAUAGUGCAAAAGUACACAAAUAGUGUAGUGCAAAUAAGCAAAUGAAAUGUAUACUUGAGUUAAAAUAAACCAUUAAA